UAUGGUAAGAGACAAGAGCUGAAAACUGUCAAGAUCUCGGCUCCUGACAAAGAGCACACGGCCUUAGCUUUUAAUAGCGGUGGAGGGGCACAGACCAACAAUGUCAAUCGUGGCAGUGGUCAGCAAAUCAACAACAAUGCUUAUGUCGGAACCCAAAAUUUCCAUUCCGUGACCUUCAAGCACAAAGAAGACUUUAGUUUUCGGGGACCCGUUGGCGUCCAUCUCGGUCAAGUGCGUUCCAUCACCUCUGAACUCUUCGUCGGUCGUGGCAACGAGCUUGAUGAGAUCGGGAAAGCUCUACAUCCUGAUCCUAAGGCUCAAAAACAACGGCGCCUAGUUCUAGGCGGUAUGGGUGGUAUUGGCAAGACCCAGCUUGCGAUCGCUUACGCAGAGUCCGGCCGUGGAUCUUAUACCUCAGUGUUCUGGCUGAAUGCAGUGUCUGAAGCUUCAUUGAAAGGCAGUUUUCGAUUGAUAGCCAGCACAAUCUUCGACGUUGAGGACCCGGGGGUGCUAGAGGACAAAGAGGUUGUGAGACGUGUACAACAAUGGCUAUCUAACCCAAAGAAUACCGGAUGGUUGUUAAUAUUUGAUAACUAUGAUGACCCCGACCAGUUUCGGAUUGACAACUAUUACCCCCCAGCUUCUCAUGGGGCUAUUGUGGUCACCUCUCGACGGCCAGAUGACGUUUCUGGGAGCACUCUUGACAUAAAGCCGCUCCAGAAUAUAGAAGAUAGCAUCGCCAUCCUACACACACGAUCAAAACGAGAGAAUAUUCAAUCAGAUCCUAAUGCAAAGCGCCUCGCAGAACGACUUGCGGGUCUUCCUCUCGCUUUGGCUACCGCCGGUACAUUUCUUCACCGUAGCAAGUUCACGUUCGAACGCUACCUUCACGAGUACGAGAGACGUUGGAACAUUAACCCUCGCUCGCCUGUCAAGCUCAACGAGUAUGAGGAGCGUACACUCUACACGACCUGGGAUAUAUCAUACUCUCGUCUAGAAAAUCAAGAUCCGGAAGCGGCGAAAAUGCUGAAAUUACUGGCCUACUUCGAUAACCAAACUCUUUGGUACGAGCUUUUUCAUGCUGGACUUACGGACAGUUCUCCUGAGUGGCUUGGUGGAGUGAUCACAGAUGACGUGAACUUCGAUGGAGUGAUGGGAGUCCUGACCGGAUAUUAUUUCCUGGAUACUCAACAGACAUCUGGGUCAUGGAGCAUGCAUAAUUGCGUGCACGACUGGACAUUGGCAGCACUCAAUGAGGAUAUCGACGCAACGUAUUACUGGUAUGCCUUUGACUGCAUUUCUGCGUCUAUGAACGAUAACGACAAGAAUGAUUUUGCAAAGCUCUCUUACUUUCCCUUGGCUGCUCAUGCCACGCGGCUAGUACAGCAGCGCCUGUGCCAGAACGACGUUAUAUAUGACAUUACGCCUCGUCGACUCGGCCAAGCUUCACUGAUUGCCAACCUACUUCGAGAGCAAGUACUUCUUCUUGCUGCGGAGCAGAUGUACCAACGGGCGCUAGCUGGGAAGGAGAAAGAGCUCGGACCGGACCACACGUCGACCCUAGACACCGUCCAUAAUCUCGGGAUUCUAUAUUUGAAGCAAGGCAAGCUGGACCAGGCCGAGCAGAUGUACCAGCGGGCACUAGCUGGGAACGAGAAAGCGCUCGGAGCGGACCACACGUCAACCCUCGACACUGUCAACAAUCUCGGGGUUCUAUAUCGGGACCAAGGGAAGCUAGACCAGGCGGAGCAGAUGUACCAGCGGGCGCUAGCUGGGCGCGAGAAAGCGCUCGGAGCGGACCACACGUCGACCCUCCAGACUGUCACCUGCCUCGGGGUUCUAUAUUGGAACCAAGGCAAGCUAGACCAGGCGGAGCAGAUGUACCAGCGGGCACUAGCUGGGAACGAGAAAGCGCUCGGAGCGGACCACAUGUUGACCCUCCGGACUGUCAACAAUCUCGGGAUUCUAUAUUGGAACCAAGGCAAGCUAGACCAGGCGGAGCAGAUGUACCAGCGGGCACUAGCUGGGAACGAGAAAGCGCUCGGAGCGGACCACACGUCAACCCUCGACACUGUCACCUGCCUCGGGAUUCUAUAUUGGAACCAAGGCAAGCUAGAUCAGGCGGAGCAGAUGUACCAGCGGGCACUAGCUGGGAACGAGAAAGCGCUCGGAGCGGACCACAUGUUGACCCUCCGGACUGUCAACAAUCUCGGGAUUCUAUAUCUGGACCAAGGCAAGCUGGACCAGGCGGAGCAGAUGCACCAGCGGGCACUAGCUGGGAACGAGAAAGCGCUCGGAGCGGACCACACGUCAACCCUCGACACUGUCACCUGCCUCGGGAUUCUAUAUUGGAACCAAGGCAAGCUAGACCAGGCGGAGCAGAUGUACCAGCGGGCACUAGCUGGGAACGAGAAAGCGCUCGGAGCGGACCACACGUCGACCCUCGAGACUGUCAACAAUCUCGGGAUUCUAUAUGGGGACCAAGGCAAGCUAGACCAGGCGGAGCAGAUGUACCAGCGGGCACUAGCUGGGAACGAGAAAGCGCUCGGAGCGGACCACACGUCGACCCUCCGGACUGUCAACAAUCUCGGGAUUCUAUAUUGGAACCAAGGCAAGCUGGACCAGGCGGAGCAGAUGUACCAGCGGGCGCUAGCUGGACGCGAGAAAGUGCUCGGAGCGGACCACGCGUCGACCCUCAACACUGUCACCUGCCUCGGGAUUCUAUAUUGGAACCAAGGCAAGCUGGACCAGGCGGAGCAGAUGCACCAGCGAGCGCUAGCUGGACGCGAGAAAGCGCUCGGAGCAGACCAUACGUCGACUCUCGAGUCUGUCGACAAUCUCGGGGUUCUAUAUCGGUUGCAAGGCAAGCUGGACCAGGCGGAGCAGAUGCACCAGCGGGCACUAGCUGGGUUCGAGAAAGCGCUCGGAGCGGACCAUACGUCGACUCUCGAGACUGUCAACAAUCUCGGGGUUCUAUAUCGGUUGCAAGGCAAGCUAGACCAGGCGGAGCAGAUGCACCAGCGGGCGCUAGCUGGACGCGAGAAAGCGCUCGGAGCGGACCAUACGUCGACUCUCGAGACUGUCGACAAUCUCGGGGUUCUAUAUCGGUUGCAAGGCAAGCUGGACCAGGCGGAGCAGAUGCACCAGCGGGCACUAGCUGGGUUCGAGAAAGCGCUCGGAGCGGACCAUACGUCGACUCUCGAGACUGUCAACAAUCUCGGGGUUCUAUAUCGGUUGCAAGGCAAGCUGGACCAGGCGGAGCAGAUGCACCAGCGGGCGCUAGCUGGACGCGAGAAAGCGCUCGGAGCGGACCAUACGUCGACUCUCGAGUCUGUCGACAAUCUCGGGGUUCUAUAUCGGUUGCAAGGCAAGCUGGACCAGGCGGAGCAGAUGCACCAGCGGGCACUAGCUGGGUUCGAGAAAGCGCUCGGAGCGGACCAUACGUCGACUCUCGAGUCUGUCGACAAUCUCGGGGUUCUAUAUCGGUUGCAAGGCAAGCUGGACCAGGCGGAGCAGAUGUAUCACCGGGCGAGGCUAGGGAAGGAGACGAGGAAAACUGCUAAUUCCUUCUUUAAAUAA